AGCCAUUUAUGUGACUUUCAAAGUAGAAAUUCCUGCAUUGCUGAGCUGGAAAGUGAGAAAAGCCGUGUCCAGUCUCGAUGUUUCUGCCCGAGUCCCCGUUCAGUUGCUCUUGUCUUAAUUUCCUUUCAUCUCUGAGUUCAGCUCUGGUUUUCCCUUCUUACUGGUGUAUCGAUCACCUUUUGUCCUGUGCGGUUUUCACCAGUGUAGAGCGCUCCCGCCGCCCAGGCCUGAGAAUCUUCUGCUUACUCCUUGGGGUCCCUUUGUUCUUGCUUCUCUUCCUUCUCUCUCUCCCGCUAGGUUUUCUGGGUUUCCUGUUUUGGGCUCCUCUGCAGAGGCUUCGCCGUCCCUUCUCCUAUCAGAAUUCCGCAAAGACUCGCACUCUUCCAGACAAUAUACUUAGCGGUGACUGCUCCUUCAUCUUAAUCAGUGCCAACCUCUGCCUUCUGCCCAAUGGCUUGGCACGUUUCAAUAACCUGAACCGCACGCAGCGGCGCAGUGCUGCCAUUUCCCGCCUCCUGUGUUCCUCUUCAGAGCCUGCCAAGAAUAACUGUGAAGACAUGGUGCCAAUGUGUAGCACAGGGAAUGCCCUGCCGAUGAUGGAGAUACCUUAUAAGACAGAGAAUGAUUCCAGCGCAGAAGGAGAUGAGCCAUUUGAAGUGUCCAUCAUUUUCCCCCAAAAUGCCGACUUUGUGUGCCUGCAGGAAGUGUUUGAUGGACGAGCUUCACGCAGCCUACGCCGUUGCCUUGGGUCAACCUUUCCUCACAUUUUGUAUGAUGUUGGACUCUCAGGACCUCAUGGUUGUGGAUUUUGGUUCUUCAAUAGUGGAUUAUUCCUGGCCAGUCGGCACCCAAUCAUGGCGGCCAAAUAUUACUUCUACCCGAAUGGGCGUGGGGAGGAUGCCUUGUCUUCCAAAGGUCUCCUCUGUGUCAAGGUUUACAUUGGAAUGACGAAAGAAAAGCAAAGAAUUGUGGGAUAUAUAAAUUGCACGCAUUUACAUGCAGCAGAGAGUGAUGUGGUCAUCCGCUGUGAUCAGAUGUCUUUGAUCCUGCAGUGGGUUGUGGACUUCCAGUCACAAUACGGUGAAGAUGGAGAUCUGGUUGCGUUUGAUGUCCUUUGUGGAGACUUGAACUUUGACAAUUGUUCCAUAGACCACUGUAUGGAGCAGAAACACCAGCUGUUCUCUGAAUAUAAGGAUCCAUGUAGAGACUGUCCUGGCCAGGACAGACGGGGUGCAGUGGGAACCCUCCUCAGAUGGGACUGUCUCUACCACAAGGCUGUCAACACUCCGGCCAAUCUAAAGAGGACUCUAGAUUCAGAGGCUGACCGAAAAUUGUACGUGGCUCCACCUCUUCCUGAAGGGACCAAUGGGAGUGGUGCGCACUGGACCGGGCGCAGAAUAGAUUAUAUUCUGUACAGAGAAUCAGAUUCAUUACUUUCUUUGGCUGUGAACAAGUUCCAGUUCAUCACACAACUGGCCGGACUGUCGGAUCACAUUCCAGUCUCAAUGCACUUCUCCGUCUCACUGCCAGGGGGCUCCUCCUUGUGAAGAAUGACACAACUAUACAUCACCGACAUGUCUGAUAUGUUGUUCUAUACAUUUAUUUAUUUAUUACAGUUACUUGCAUACAGCUAGAACUUACGCAGCACUUUACAUUUUGUACAAUCACAUGAGCCCCUUUGAGGAGCUUACAAUCUAAGGUCCUAGAGGAAACCCACACAGGUGACGAGUUUGGAAAUUCGGAAAUUCAGGAAUCCGAAAAUUAGAAAAUUAGAAAAUCC